AUGUCGAAGGAAACUUUUACAUACACCUCUUCCACUCUGCGCUCCUUGCGCCUGCAACGAGAAAUGCUGGAGUGGGAAGAACGACAGAGGGCUGCAUCUCGCCAGUGGGCCAGCCAGAGGUAUCAUCCAACUGCCAGAAGCCUCUUUUCUCUCCCCAAGCCCACCAGACGCCCUCAAUACUGUCGGGAUCCUGCUGUCCACAAUGCCCUUUACACAGGAGACUUGCCAAGGAUCCAAAGCAUUUUUAAAGAUGAAAUCACCUCCAAUUUGAUUGUGGAGACCCAUGCAGAAGAGCUAGAGUGGUCAGCUGAGCUGGAGUUGUGGGUGUUGAUUGCUCAGAAGAAGCACACUUCUCCAUUGCGCAUCACAGCUGCCAGGGGCUAUCAAGACUCUGUGAAGCAUCUGCUCUUGAAAGGGGCAGAGGUCAAUGCGAUUGUUGGCGGGAAAGCUGCUUUGCAUGAUAGCUGUGCCAACCACCAUGAAGAAUGCACCCGUCUACUCCUCCGCUAUGGUGCUAACGCUAAUAUUCUUUCAGAGGAGAGACUGGCCCCACUGCAUUUGUGCAUCACUCAGGAGACUUUGCCAUGUGCUCAACUACUACUGGAAUAUGGAGCUCUAGUGAACCAGAAAUCAAGAGACGGUCUUGUUUCCCCAUUGCAUGUGGCUAGCAGGCAUGGUCUAGAGGACCAUGUCAAGCUCUAUCUUUGCUACGGAGCAAAUAUUGCUCAUAGAAACCAGGAAGGAGAGACCGCUCUCAACACAGCUUGUGCCAAUGCAGAUAGACCUGAGGAGGCUGGCCGGUACUACCAAGUGGUGAAGCAACUUCUGGAUGGGGGGGCCAAUGUCCAGAUUGCUGGCCGAAAGAACCAUACUCCAUUGCACAAUGCCUGUAGCAACUGUCACAUCGGUAUUGUGGAGCUCCUGCUACAGCACGGGGCAGAAGUCAAUAUUAGUAAUUGUGCUGGCAACACCCCUAUGGACUGUGCUCUGCAAGCAGUGGAAGAUUACCCGGAGGAAGAGCCUGAAAACGUUAUAGCCACAUUGCUCAACCAUGGUGCUGCCUCUAUUAAUCCUAAGAUGCUAAAGUUUUGUGCCUUGUCACCUCGAUCUAUGGAAAUUGUUCUGAAUUCUUAUGACCGAAUACUAUCCUGUGAUUCCUGGGUGGGAUCUGUGCCCAAUGAAGUGUGGCAAGAGCAUCAAGUGUUUUAUGAUUCAGCUCUUUGCCUGGUGAAUCAGCCUCGCCCACUGCAACAUUUAGCUCGCUGUGCUGUUCGGAGGCAGUUGGGGAUGCGUUGCCAUCAAGGCAUCUCCCAACUGAAACUGCCCUCUUCUUUGCAUAAGUAUUUACUUCUCCCAUUGGAGGGUUAUCUCAAAUAAGAUGAGGACAAAAUAGAAAGAAAUUAAUUUAACGUGAUUUCUUCCCCAUUUCUGUGUUAUCAUUCUUUUAGCUGUUGGAAGCCUCUAAUGAAAAUACUAUUAUUGCCACUGAAAUGGUGAUUAAAGUGCAAAAGGCAAUUCUUGUUACCUUGAACUGAAUUCUUGUUCUUGGAUGAUAUGCAGGCACAGUAAUUAAAAGAUAAAUAUGACUUGGUUGUAUCACUUUGAAUGUAAUGCAGUACCCUUUCCAGGAGAAGAAAAUGCAGAGAAGUAUGAAGAGAA